UGGUUGGCACAAAGCCAACUACUUUGAUGUUUAGUCCGAAGAUAUCUUUAAAUGAAAAUUGUCUAAAAAUUUUGGUUAUUUGUGUAUGCAAUUGACAGUUGUAAAGUUGCAAAGCACGUCAAAGCAGUGAUCAACGAAGGAAAUGUGUUUUUAUUGUUAAUAAAAAAAUUUAUUAUUAUAAAAAAUGAGUGAAUUACCACAGUCAUUUAAAAGUCGUGUAUAUUAUGCUGCUAAAGGUGGUAUGGCAAUUACCUUUUGUCAACUUCUAUCUGAUAAAUCUGAAGACGAGGUUAAGCAGUUAUUAAACGAGUUAUAUUACGAAAGUGAUGGCCAAAAAUGUACGCCAUUAAUUAUAGCCGCCAAAUUUGGCCACAAAAAAACUGUACAAUUAAUAAUAUCAAAGUUUAAACCCGAUUUGGAAACAGAAGGCACUGUAAAAUUUGAUGGAUAUGUUAUUGAGGGUGCAAGUGCUCUUUGGUGUGCUGCUGGAGCUGGGCAUUUGAAUGUUGUAAAAACUUUGGUAAAAGCUGGAGCCAAUGUUAAUCAUCCAACACGAACAAAUUCUACACCAUUACGAGCAGCUUGUUUCGAUGGCAGUCUUGAUAUUGUGAAGUACUUAACUGAUCAUAAUGCAAAUAUACAUAUUGCUAAUAAAUACAAUAACACUUGCCUCAUGAUUGCUGCAUUUAAAGGUCAUUUAGAUGUAGUUAGUUUCUUACUCGAAAACAAAGCAAAUCCUGAUGAAAAAGCUCAUUGUGGAGCUACAGCAUUACAUUUUGCUGCUGAAUGUGGACAUACGGCUAUUGUUCGUGAAUUACUUGAAAAUGGAGCGAGCAUGACUAAAAAUGAAAAUGGAAUAACUGCACUAACAGUUGCCGCAGAACGAACUAGAGCUGAUGUAGUUGAAUAUUUGAUCACAAGACCUGAAGUUACAUUUGAAGAACAAAUUGAAGCACUAGAAUUAUUAGGCGCAUCAUAUGCAAACGAUAAAGAUAAUUAUUGUUUAGAAUUAGCGUACGAAUAUUUACAUCGUAGUAUGCAACUAAGAUACCUCGAUUCAGAUAAUGUUAUACGGAAAAAAACUAUACCACCAAUUCAAGCAUACCAAAAUUGGAUUGAAUGUCAAAGUCUGGCCGAUUUAGAAGCCAUAAGAUUUAAUCACAAUGCAAUACAUAUGGAAUCGUUAACAGUUCGUGAACGUAUAUUAGGUCCUAAUAAUCCUGAAGUACCACAUCCAAUUAUAUUUCGAGGGGCUGUGUUUGCGGAUAAUGCACGAUUUGAUCGAUGUAUUGAUUUAUGGUUACGAGCGUUAUAUUUACGGCAAACAAAUCAAAUAUCGGUUGUUAAAGAUUUAUUACGUUUCGCUCAAGUAUUCUCACAAAUGAUUCAUAUUAAUGAAGAUUUAAGUGUUGAACAUGUGAUAGUAGUUUUAAGAUCAACUGUUUUAGAAUUGGAACGAAAUAAACAAAAAAUUGCAAAUCCUGGCCCCAAAGACGAUGUCUCGAAUAUUAAGGAUGAAGUGGAAAGUAAUUUGAAAACAGCUUUAUAUUUAAUAACAAUAUAUACAAAAUUAUCAAAAAAAUGUGAUGAAAGUGAUAGUUUUACAAUUAAAAAAUUAGUUUAUACUUUAAAUCAAUUAAAAUUAUCUUUAAAAGAUGGCAAAACGUUGUUGCAUUUAGCAGUUAGUUCAGAUACACAAGUGGAUGAUUUUCAUAUAAGCGAUGUUUGCAAAUUUCCUUGUGCAGCCACUGCGAAAUUGUUAAUUAAUAUUGGUGCCGAUGUAAAUGCCAUGGAUUGUGAUCGAAAUACUCCUUUACAUAUUAUAGUUAGCUAUGAGGAUCCUAUUAGUGAUUUUUUGACGUUGCACUCGAUUAUAAUUGAUUUGACGGAUGCUGGGGCACAUAUGGACUCAGUUAAUGCAAAGGGUGAAACACCUAUUAAAGCUUCGGCUACAAAUGUUGCUGAAGUAAUAUUACGUACUCAAUUAAAAUUAAGUUUAAAAUGUAUUGCUGCAAAAGCAGUGAAAAAACAUAAUUUAACAUAUCAAGGCCAAGUGCCUAGAUCACUAGAAGGCUUUAUUGAAUUGCAUGGUAAAGGUGCUGUAAAGCAAGGCUAAAAUUGUUGUUAGAUUAAUAUUUAUUUAUUUUUUUUUUUUUUGUUACUAAUUUGAUGUGUAUUUUAAUUUUUUCAAAGUUUAUUUUGACGAAUAUGCUUCAUAUGAGCCUACGAAUCAAAAACAAAAAAUCCUAGUCGAACGUGUAUUUAAUUGUAAAUGUACAUAAUGUAAAAAGUAUUUGAUUACUAAAUAAAUGUGCCUAUUUUGUUAAAUUUUAAAUGACUAAUUAUAGACUUGGAGACACUGAUCACACAUAAUUCAACCCAUUUGUUGACGAAAAGGUAGAAACUAUUGGCUCUCUAAAUUCUCCGAAUUAAUUAGGCUUAAAUUUAAAAUAAUUUUUUCUGUUAUUAGAACUAGUAAAAUAUUUUCAGUUGAUUGUGUUGAAUUUCAU